AUGGAGCAAGAAUCUGUUACAGCAAUUGAAAUGGUGAGAGAUUUAAAAGAAAUAGAGCAGGAAUCUGUUACACCAAUUGAAGGAGAGAGAGAAUCGAGAGAGUUGAAAGAAAUAGAGCAAAAAUCUGUUACAACAAUUGAAGGAGAUGGAGAGGAGUGUAGUAUAUCUAAGAUGCCUCAGGAAAUGAAAGAGAUGAUAUUUGCAAAGCUUCCAUUUGAAUCAAUCUGUAUUUCUUUGCUAGUUUGUAAGGAAUGGAAUUGUAUUUUGUCUUCCCAUAGAUUUCUGUCUUCAUUGCCAACCCAAAAUCCAUGGCUUCUUAACUGUGGUAAAGAAGAGAAUGGAAAUUGGAAUUGUGUGGCCUACUGCUUUCGCAUACGAAAAUGGAGAGAACUCUCUUUCUCUUUUCUCCCAGAUCCUCAAUUAUUUGAUUUGAAUUUCUACAACACAGAAGCAGAGGACUCUCCCACCCUCAUUUCUUUAAGAGAUUUAUCAAGUGCAGGGCAGGGGUUACUGGUCUUUCGAGAAACUCCUAUGGGACAAUUACAUGUUUGCAAUCCUCUUCUGAGAUCUUACGCAGAGAUAGAUAUGGAUUUGACUAACAAAUUUGUCCAUAUUGUACAGCGAGGACACAAAGAGUCCUAUUUGGUGGUUUGGUCAAACUCUGAAAAGUUUUCCUUCGAAAUCUACCACUAUUUUCAAGAUUCAUGGAGAACUAAGUUUCAGUUUGCAAGGGAAAGACGAUUUGAUAUAUUUGAUGGUGAAAUGAUUCAGUGCAAUGACUUUCUUUUCUGGAAGGGAAUAACGCCUGAUUCAGUGCAAUGA